UUCUCAAUCAUUCCCUAUUGUUUCAAUUUCAGCUGCGAUUGCUAAAUGGUCGUGUUGUUGAAAGGAACUUUGAUUAUAACUCAUGAUCUGCCAACAUGAUUGGAUCUAUGAUCAAUAACAUGGCUUGCUACUUUGUUAUACACUUUGUGAUUUUCAAUAUCAUUUAUCUUCCACUCCUCGCUACUCAAGAAAGAGAAAGACUAGCUGGUGAGAUUGUACCAGUACGCGCUGAACAGUCCGGAGCUGCGUGGGCUAAACAGGAGCAGCACGGGGCUUCCAACGCUAUUGACUUGGACCCGGAGACCAAUGCCAUACCUGUACUAAUAGCAGGCGGAGGUACCAACCCUUGGUUUAAGGUAUUCUUUGAUCAGGUGCACUGUAUUCAGCAGGUUUUGUUCUUCACAAGGAGCCCAUAUGUAGGGACAUGGACAUGCUCGGGCAGGACAUGCGAGUGUAAGGGUUCUUACACUUUCUGCCGUCUUUACACCGCAACAGUCAGUACCGCUACUGAGCAAGCUCAUGUGUCAUCAGAACUGAUUCGUCCGGAAUGUAUAUACGGAGACAUUAUCACCAUUAAUGUGAAGAGCAGUGCUUGGGUACUGCCAGUUCGCGAGAUUGCUGUUAUAGGACUAAGAAAAGAAGAUCAAAUUCUUCCCACAAUUACGCCCCCGCCUACGACAGCAACUACUGAUGUGCUAAUUGUUGGAAGUACCGAGAGUUCAGAGACUAAACCACAAUCAACAACAUCAGCAGUGUUGGAUCAAGGAUCAACGACAACAGAAUCUCUGGCUGCUCUUACAUUCUCAUGCUUGGCUGGAAACUACAUGACGGAUAGUGGAUGUCAGCAAUGCGGAGAGAACACUUUCAGUGCUGCUGGAGCUUCUUCUUGUACAAAUUGUUCAGAGCACAUGGUUUCUGCAGCUGGAUCUACAUCAGAGGACGACUGUUCCUUCGCACCAUGCUCGGCCGGAAACUACAUGACGGAUAAUGGAUGUCAACAAUGUGGAGACGACACCUUCAGUGCUGCUGGAGCUUCUUUUUGUUCCGGUUGUCGUGAGGGCAUGGUUUCUGCAGCUGGAUCUACAUCAGAUGAGGAUUGUUUCUUUGCACCAUGCUCGGCUGGAAACUACAUGACAGACAUUGGAUGUCAGCAAUGUGGAGAGAACACUUUCAGUGCUGAGGGGGCUUCUUCUUGUACAAAUUGUUCAGAGCACAUGGUUUCAGCAACAGAAUCUACAUCAGAGGACGACUGUUCCUUCGCUCCAUGCUUGGCUGGAAGCUACAUGACAGACAAUGGGUGUCAACAGUGUGGAGAGAAUACGUUCAGUACUGAUAAUGAUUCUUCUUGUACAAGUUGUCCUGAGGAUAUGGUGUCUACUGCUGGAUCUAGAUCAGAGGAGGAUUGUUUCUUUGCACCAUGCUCGGCUGGAAACUACAUGACAGACAUUGGAUGUCAACAAUGUGGAGAGAACACUUUCAGUGCUGAUGGAGCUUCUUCUUGUACGAGUUGUCCUGAGGGCAUGGUUUCUGAAGCUGGAUCUACAUCAGAUGAUUGUUUCUUUGAAGAAUGCCCUGCCGGUCAGUACAGAAGCUAUAAUAUGACUACAUGUGCAAACUGCAGAGUAAACACUGUCAGUGAAGUCGGUUCAACAGAGUGCACUACCUGCCCGGCUGGUUCCGAAGCUAAUGCUAACUUUACUAGUUGUAGUUGUACACUUGGAUGGCAUUCUACUAACGGAGAUCGGCCGCCCUGCAGAAGAUGUGAACGUUUGGACAGCUGUCAGUCCAAAACAUCUGAAUACAUGGACAUUUUAAACGGGGCAUUCAAAUCUGGCAAUAUCCAAGGUGUUAUAAAUGGGUUCAAUGUUAUCGUGAAUUCAGAUGUUUCCCUGUCACCAGAAAAUGCCCAACAAUUAAUACAAUUAUUGUCAUCCAUCAAACAUCUCUUGAAAAAUGCUUCAACAAACAUUGAGGGACUUAGUACAGCAAUUAUGGAGAUAAUUGAAAUCGUUAAAAACAGUAAACCCGAAUUUAGCAACGAGAAAAAGAAUUCUGAAAUUAUAGAGAUUAUCGAAGCCGUGUCAAUGACGUUAAAAGAGGGCAGUAAUAUCACGACAGCUUCAAUGUUGGCAAAGUCAAUCGUUUCACAGAGAGAAGGGGUAAAGUUAGAUGCUCCGAAAGCCGUACCAAAAGUGAAUCUUCCUGUAAGAAUUAACUUUGGGACCCAAGAAGGACAGAGGGCUAACGUGGUUGUAAUGGAUGAAUCUUUCAAAGACAUUCUGCCAAAACCUCAAGGUAUCAACGACACUAUCGGUUCUCCGAUCGUGUCAGUAAACUUCAUGAACACUCAAAAAGUACCCAAAUCCUCAUUCUCACUGACAUUCCAGCUAAAGCAAUACCCAGAGCACGAAGGAUACACUAUGGAAAGUCAGUGUGUCUAUUUAAACACUACAACUGACGAAUGGAUGACUAACGGUUGCACAACCAUUAUCAACAAAGACGAAACCUGCACCUGCAACUGUUCUCACACAACAAGCUUUGCUAUUCUGAUGAGCCCAACAAAAAUAACCGAUACUGAUACACAAGAGCUGGUCAGCUAUAUCGUAGGAUUGAUAAAUAUAAUGUUCCUCUCGCUGACAUUCUGCCUGGUAGCUCCUUUCAAGAAGCUGAGGAAUAAACAGCUGGUGGCAAUCCAACUCAGCUUAAUCUUAACUCUGAUACUUGGGCACGUAUCCUUCGCCUCACUUUCCGCUUCCGCCCGAAUAACUGUGGACGCAUCGGGAGAUCCUCUUUUGUCUUUAAACACCGGAUGUGUGGCAGGAGUAACCCUGACUCAGUACUUCUUUCUCUCCGCUUUCUUCUGGAUGGGUUGCAUUGCUUGGACCUUCUUCAAAAAGAUCGCGAACGCAAUCAAGACUUUUGGAAAUACGGAUAAAUAUUACUUUCACAAGUGCGCUGUAAUCAGUUGGGUUUGUCCAGCAGUUUUCCCAGUUGCAGCAUUACUUCUGUUCAAAGUCCAGAACAAGGACGGAUACACCAUGCCUUACGUCGGAGCAAGCAAAGAAAACGGAACAAGCUGUUGGGUUGAAAAUCCAUGGAGAUACAUCGGGUUCCUAGCACCUGGAUACCUGAUCUUACUGUUCAAUUGCGUGUGCUUUGGUAUGGUGGCGAGAGUGAUUAUCAAAUCAGCGAGACUUGGUAAAGGAAAUACAAAUGUAAUAAAGGCAGCGAGGGCUAUGAUGGUAGUUGCAGUGUCAGUAGGGCUACCUUGGAUCGUUAUUGGGCUAGCUGUGGGCCCUGUAGCUUUCAGAGCCUUCGUGCAAUAUCUGUUCAUCGUUCUAUCGGGCAUGCAGGGUCCUCUUUUAUUCAUAGCCAUGAUAAUUUUCCAAGAUGAGGCCACAGAAAGUAUCAGAAAGUCGAUCAAUGAGAAAAAGCAACUUUUUUCUGAGAUGAAGCAAUCGACGUCGGCCUACAUCACUUAUCCGACCACAACUUCUAAAAACGUUUCUUUUAAGAGAGGAGACACCAAGUUAAGGGCAAUUGAUGAGGACCUAGAGGAGUAAAAGAGAGAGGAAAUAUGCGAGGUACGCUUUGGACACAUGCCGGGACUUUACUAACAUAAGGACGAGUGUAACAUUCAACAAAAUACAUU